UCUGAGCACAAGGGUGCUCUCUCCUCUUGCGCUCAGCUUCUGCUUUUGCAGCCAAGCAUCCUCGCCGCUGCCCGCCAGCCUACCCACCGUCUGGGCUUGCAGCCGCCCCUUGACUUUCCCAGCGCUGUCCUGCCAGCUGAGACCGUCCCUGCCGCUGCUGGAUUCUAUCUAGGACCAUGUGUGUGGAUACUGCUUGGGAAAACCGAGCGCUUGCUCCUGGCACCGAUUCCAGCUGAGUUUCUCCUGUUGAUUUCGGGGCCACAGAUGCUGCGGAGGAGGUGGUAUUUCCUGGCAUCCCUUGCUCCGCUCCAGCCAGCACCGGACCAGCCCCGAACAGGCGGGUGUCAGGAUGGGCCACGCUGCGAGAAACCGCCACUAGUGAGCGAGGUGUGAAGAGUUGGCCAGAAUGACCAACUCCUCGUCCACGUCCACCUCCUCUACCACGGGGGGAUCGCUGCUGUUGCUCUGCGAGGAAGAAGAGUCGUGGGCUGGCCGGCGCAUCCCGGUGUCCCUGCUGUACUCGGGGCUGGCCAUCGGUGGCACGCUGGCCAACGGCAUGGUCAUCUACCUGGUGUCGUCCUUCAGAAAGCUGCAGACCACCAGCAACGCCUUCAUUGUGAACGGCUGCGCCGCUGACCUCAGCGUCUGCGCCCUCUGGAUGCCUCAGGAAGCGGUGCUCGGCCUCCUGCCCGCGGGCUCCGCGGAGCCCCCCGGGGACUGGGACGGCGCGGGGGGCAGCUACCGCCUGCUGCGGGGCGGGCUGCUGGGCCUUGGGCUCACCGUGUCCCUGCUGUCCCAUUGCCUGGUGGCCCUGAACCGCUACCUGCUCAUCACUCGGGCGCCCGCCACCUACCAGGCGCUGUACCAGCGGCGCCACACUGCGGGCAUGCUGGCGCUGUCCUGGGCGCUCGCCCUGGGCCUCCGGCGCCUCAGCGGCCUGUCGGUGCUGCUCCUCUGUUGUGUCUUCCUGCUGGCCACGCAGCCGCUGGUGUGGGUGAGCCUGGCCAGCGGCUUCUCGCUGCCCGUGCCCUGGGGCGUGCAGGCGGCCAGCUGGCUGCUGUGCUGCGCGCUGUCCGCGCUCAACCCGCUGCUCUACACGUGGAGGAACGAGGAGUUCCGCCGCUCCGUGCGCUCCGUCCUCCCGGGUGUCGGCGACGCGGCCGCCGCCGCUGUGGCCGCCACGGCCGUGCCCGCCGUGUCCCAGGCGCAGCUGGGCACCCGCGCCGCCGGCCAGCACUGGUGAGCCCCGCGGGGCGCGAGCGAGCGGACACUCUCGGCUUCCACCGUCCCUGACCGCGAUCGCGUCCUGUCCCAGUCGUGUCCCCCGCCCGAACCGAGACGCCGGCGGCCGAGCGCGACGCAGCGGCGCGAAGGCUGCGCCUUGCACCCCAUGGAAAACCCGAACCCAGGUCCCUCUCUAGCUGGGGUUCGCCGAGACCUCGUCACAGCCGCCCGAUUGCCCUCACCUUGUUGUUUCUGUGUUUAGAGACACCCUACAGUCAAAACGCCAGAGACUUCAAGAACUUGCAAAUUGGCAUUUGAAGAGAACCGGUUAAUUUAUUUCAACACUGUUUUGGAAAAACCUCUUUGAUAACGUUACCAUCCCCACCUUUGUCGUCUUAUAGUUUAUAUGAAGCGCCUUGAGUGUGCAUGAGCCAAAGGAGGUGAUACUGAUGAAGGAGAUAAUAUUCACGAAGUCUUUUGAGAAAGUAAUCUAUUUUGGACGAUACUUCUGUUAUCAUUUAGCCUUUGACUAUUAAGCUGGAAGACUGAAGCCACAGUUGUGCACACCAGUAUGAGUUGCCAUUAAGACCUCAAGCCCUUUAUUCUUAAAAGGGUUUUUAUAAAGUAAAAAUAUUCCCAAACGAGAGAGAAUCUUAGCCAGUGAGGGGGAAAAACAUGCUUUUACACUCCCUUUUGCACUUCUAAGAAAGACUAAUCAUUGGCAUUGAGCGUUAAAGUGAAAAUUUUCCAGUUAGCUAACUGAUGAACUAGCAAUGGAAUUGUAAAGACAAAUAAGGGGGUUAUCUAUUUUAGGUACCAGUUUCAAGUUUUCUGUAGCAUGCACACUUGUUGCUACUCUUAUUUUGUAAUCAACUUACUUGCCUCAUGAGUGUGAUUGCAGCUUUGAACAUUCUGUACUAUAAUGGUUGCUAAGGAGAAUAAGUCCUUCUGUUUUCUCUUAAACAUUUAAAAUAUUUCAAUGCACAUGAUAUAAUCAAACACUGAUAUUACUAUAGCUGCCGUUGCAUGCUCCUAGAUGCUAGAACUUUCGGGCAUGUGGUAUACUAAAGCAAUACCCAUUCGCCAAGGAUAUUUUACUUCUUCCAGACACCAGAAGAAGUGGCCUUCAAUUAUUUGAAAAGAGACACAAGACACCUCUGGCUACCUAGAGUUCUUCUUGUCUUAACCCAAUUAAUGAGAAAACUCCCAGAUGGGACUGUCUUGCAAAUAGAGCCACAUUCAAGAUGGAAUCAAUGAUUGGCUUGGCUCUGCAAAGCCAUCUGUGUGCUCUUUUAUGGUUUAGAUAAGUCACACAGUAGAAAGUAACAUGAUUUUAUGUAGUAUAUAUAUAUAUAUAUGAUGACAGUCAACAACAAUAUCAUGUCUGAUAAAGGAGGUGUAAUAAACUCAGUUAUAAUGAACAGCUCAAAGGGGAAUCUGUGCUCACAUGUGUGAUUUGAAGUUGGUUAUUUCAUCUUUGAUUUUCUAAAUUUACUUAAAUAAUGGGCAAUCACUUUACCAAAUUAAAGUGGGAAGAAUGUAAUUUUAAGUAAUCAUCUAUCAGCAUUCAGAUUACUGACUAUAUCAUAUUUGGGGCCUAAAGGACUCAGUUGGGUAGUUCAGAAACAAAAUAGCUGGCUUUUGCACUUCUGGACAUGUGAAGCCAGGAUAGUAGGAACACUUGUGCAUUUGAAUGAUAUCAGGAGUUACAGGAAGUCUUGAUUUGUUUGCCAUAGAACAAAACAAAACAGAUAUAUGUUCACUACCGAUGAUCAAUCACAGUCAUUUAUUAAUCUACCCGCUUUGUGCAUGCACCAUUUCUCUCUUACUAAGGUUUCAUCUGUUCCCAUUUUCCUUGAUUCAAAUAUCUAAUUAAAGUUCAGACAAUUAUUCCUCUGAGUUUUUUUUUUUUUCUUCUGUCUCUGGCCUUCUUGUAUACCUCCCUGAGAACACUAUAAUGGAUGACACUUUUCCCCAAAGCACUAAUGAUAAAAGUAAC